AUGAGCAACCUGAGCAGUGUUUUGCAUCAAAUAAACGAGUCCUUAUUGUCGACUAGCGAGUCGCUGGAAAGCUUGAAGAAACAGUACGAGCAGCCGGCCUCUGAGAGCACAGGAGUACGGGGCCGAGUGAUAAAAGACAUUUUGAAGAAGAACGGUGAGGUGGACAAAGUUUCGCUGCUUUCGCUCAAAAAUGGCAGUUUAUUGGCGUAUUUGAACAGCCUUGUUCAGGUGGUGGGUGAAAAGCUGAGUCGACAGGAUAUGACAGCUGCACAGGGACGAAACUCGAGUGUGGAACACCGUGUGGUUUUGGAGCGUGGUGUGCGUCCGCUUGAGAAACAACUGGCGUACCAGUUGGAAAAAUUGACGCGUGCAUACACUCGGAUGGAAACCGAGUAUGCAGCAGCUGAAAAGCGUGCGAUGCAGAAACAGGAACAGAAGCUGCUGAACGGCGAUGGAAACAGCAGCGAGGACGGUAGUGGCAGCAGUGAGGAGGAUUCGGAGGACGAGUCUAUGUCGUUCAGGCCGAACGCUGCCGCUUUGAUGAACGACGCUAAGAAGACAGGCCGCAAGACCAAGAGCAGUGACCAGCCACAAAACGGCGACGACAAUAACAAUAACGAUAACGACGACGAAGCGGAAUCGUCUACUUACAAACCACCCAAGAUCAGUGCCAUGCUACCCCCUCGACAAAACCAUUUCGAAGACAAAUUCGACGCCCAACAACAUAAGGACCGCAGCGGUAGAUCCCGUAUGCAAGCAAUGGACGAGUACGUGCGCGAAAUGUCCGAGCAACCCGAAUGGGAAGCCUCCGUGGGUACCAACAUUCUAAAUCACGGUAAAGGCGGUAUCAAAUCUUCUCGCGACGCUGAAAAGGAACAGCGCGUGAAGAAUUUCGAAGAAGAGAACUUCACCAGACUCAACCUCAAGGGCAACAAAAUGGAGAGACGCAAGGCCAAGCAGCGUGAGAGAGCCUCUCGUGUCAACAUGAUUGGUGGUGAAGAUUUCAGUAUUUUCAAUUCCAAGCGUAAGCUCGAAGGCAGUACUUCUCGCAAGGCUACAAAGAAGCCUCGUGGCGUCUGGGACAGGGCCAAAACAAGGCUAUAG